AUGUCGUCGUCAGCUGUCAAUAACAACGACUCUUCAAUUACUCCCAGUCCUGUAUCUCCGGUAUCGGUUAAAACGCGGAACAAAGCCGCCAAUGGCAAGCAGGAUAAGCAUUCGGAUUCGUUUGAAUCGGACGACGACGACGAGCACUCGCCAAACGGAUCAGAUAGCGCCAACAAGAAAGCCAAGAUCACCAGGCGAUCGGUCGCUUGCAAAAGCUGUCACUCCUUGAAAGUCAAAUGCACACCUUCAGAUGCGAAAGAUCCAAGUGCCCCGUGCGUGAGGUGCUUGAGUGCCAAUAGGAAAUGCGAAAUAGACUUGAACCAGACGAGGAAAAGAAGAAAAAAGGCAGAAAUAUUGGAGGCUCGCAAGAAAGAAGCGGAAAGGAUCAAAGAGGAGUCGUCGCCAACUCCGGUGGCUGCGCCUUCGCCCUUGUCGAUGCCGACUUUUCGAAACCCAACUAUGCCGUCGGUGCCAAGUAACUUGAACCCGGCAAGUUUCAGUCCACCGCCUUAUAUACACCCACAGUUGCCCUCGCCCGUGUUUGAAAGCAACAAGGACCAAGAAAUCGUGCAGUUGAAGCAGAGAGUACGAGCAUUGGAGCAGCAGCUAUCACGAGGACGCAUGUCGGGUUCGCAACAAUUUGGAUCAGAGUCGAGCAUGGACUCGCCGCCGUUCAUUUCAAAGCAGGAUUUGGAACAGGAAAUUGGCAUUUUGGCCGAGUCCUCUUCAAAAUUGACAUAUUUGACGCAGGAGCUCAACUCCUUGGCAGACAAGCGCGCCCGGUUGUUGCGAAACACAGUGCUUCCAGAUCUGGUAUCCAAGGGACUCUUGUCGCUAGGUGAGGCCGAGCACCGGUUGAAGCUAUAUAGGGAACGCAUUUUCGCGUUCCUUCCCUUGGUUGAAAUUCCAGCUGACCUCAAUGCUGACCAGUUGCGGAUGCAACAGCCGUUCUUGUUCAAUGCCGUGAUGUCUGCAAGCAACACCGUGAACCCCACAUCUGUUCCCUCGGACCAAGCGCUCGCCUUGGAUAACGAAGCCAUCAGAUCCGUGUGCGACGAGGUCAUGGUGGUGGGCACAAAGUCUGUCGAGUUGAUCAAAAGCAUCUUAGUGCUAAGCUUGUACUACAACUCGCCAGAAAUGUUUCGCCAGAGAAGGUACCAUCUAUUAAACACCGUUUGCGUGUCGUUGUUGCACGACUUGGGCAUCGUUGCCAGGCCCAUGUACUCAUUCACCGAUGGCGCAGUUAAGCAGGAUUUGGAGCAAAAGACAAACGAAGAAUACCGGUCGUUGGUGUUGAUCAUCUACUUCAACACAGUGAGCAUAUGUCUCAUUUUGCGGAGGUCAAUAUACAUCAAGUGGACCUCGUACGUGGAAGAAUGCUGCGCCAUGCUUGAAAACUCGCAGUUUGAAAAAUACAGAAAGUUGGCGCUCUUUGCGAGAAUCAACGCCGCGCUAGAGAAGAUACACCACAUCAUACACUCGUCCGACAUGGAUGACAGGCGCACGUCGACCUCGCUGUACAUCAUUGCCGAGUUGCACCAUACUUUGACAGAGUUGCGCAAACGCAUCAAGGACGACGACCACGCGUUUCUGUCCUAUUACUACUCGGUCGAAGCCUACCUCCACGAGCCAAACUUGAACCAUAUUUUCAACCAGGAGAGCACCAAGCUCAGUGCUAGAUCAGUCAAGGCCAUUUCCUGCUGCACAAAAUUCUGCCUUGCUGCCCUCAACGAAUACACAAAGCUAUCCUUGGACCAAGUUGCCCAGAUGCCCUUGGCAUUUGGCUCUCGAGUGAUGUACACGGGAGGAAUGCUAUUGCGGUUGAGGUACCUUGUGAUGUCGUUACCUUCACAUAUAGACAAGGAAAUGGUACCACGAGACGCGGUUGUCACCAUUCAACGUGUCGUGCGGUUAGUCGAGCAAGCUCACGUUCAACACCCGGACAACCACCUACUCAAAAAGACGCGUUUGGUCAUGCAACUAUUCACUCAAACAUACGCCACCCAGAUCGAAGAGCUUCUUUACAAAAACAACGAGACCCCGCAAAACCUCAAACCGGUCAACAUGGAAAAGCCGUUGGACCUCUUAUCCUUCGCUGCAUAUCAACAAUCUAACCACCCGCCCAAGACACCACAAGAGGAACAGGCUUUUAAAGAUCUCAGGCCACCAAAAGAGGAGCAGUUCUUUAGAGAAACAAGACUACCGCUGAUAUCAUUGGAGUCCCAGAACAUGUAUAACACGAUUAAUGACGAAUUCUGGAGUAAUCUAAUCAGCACUGAUGCCGACCAAAUAAACUUCAUCAGCACGAAUGAAGUAAAUGACGAGAUUUUUUUCAACUAA